AUUGUUACUUACCUAUCAUCAUCGAUUUUUAUAUUGAUUUUCUGCCGUGACUGCGUUGUUCGCUUAUUUCUCUUUUUACCAGCGGUGCUCCUGUUGUUCACUUAAUCUUCUUUCCAUCCAGCCAACAUUGCCAUUCCACUUUUAUCCUACCGCUUUAGAUUUCUACUUCUUUGUUUCCCACCAUCAUCACUUAACCCAUCACCACCACCAGCAUUUCCCCUUGGCCUAGCCCAGCCUACCCUAGCCUAGUAUACCCAAACCUCCAAACCUCCCCUCAUUUAAAGAAGAGACAAAAAUGCCCCGAGCAUCCAAACUCCUCCCCUCCCUAGGACACGCCGCCUCCGGCGCCGGCGGCACCAUCAUCUCCACCUUGACCACCUACCCGCUCGACCUCGUCAAUACGCGCCUCAAAGUACAGCGCCAGCUGCGCGCUGACGGGGCAAUUGGGCCCGAGGACGGGUACCAGGGGGUUUGGGACGCGUUCCAGGCGAUUUACGAGAGGGAAGGAGGGCUUAAGGCCUUCUUUGCGGGGUUGGGACCGGAUUUGGGCAAGAGUGCUGCGGAUAGUUUUUUGUUUUUCUUGUUUUAUACGUGGUUCCGCGCCAAACGCCUCCGCGUCAACGAACCCUACCUCAAAGUCCUCGAGGAACUCGCCGUCGGCGCCGCGGCCGGCGCCUGCGCAAAGUUAUUCACCACGCCCGUCUCCAAUGUCGUUACGCGCCGCCAGACAGCCAACCUGAUUUCCUCCUCCUCCUCCUCCUCCUCCUCCUCCCCCUCCUCCUCUUCUGCUUUAUCACGAAGUAGUAACCCGUCUACCCCUCCUACCGACGGCGGCGGCAGCACAGUCCGACGACGACGACCAAGUUCCCCCCGGGCUGCGGCUGCGACGGCUGCACAACCAGACCUCUCCUUCACCGAAACCAUCGUUUCCAUCUACCGCGAGCGGGGCUUGCUCAACGGGCUAUGGGCCGGAUACUCCGCCAGCCUGGUAUUGACGCUCAACCCCAGCAUGACCUUUUUCCUGCAGCAGAUUCUGAAGCGGAUGUUGGUUUCGAGGGAAAACUGGGAGGAACCAGGGAGUGCCAUCACGUUUGUGAUUGCGGCGCUGAGCAAGGUCAUGGCUACGAGCGUGACGUAUCCGUUCCAGAUUGCCAAGGCGAGGGUGCAAGUUUCUGCGGCGCCUUCUUCGUCGGCAUCGGCAUCGGCGUCCGCACCGAGGGAUGAUACUAGUAAGAAGGAGGUGAAGAAGGAGGGGAAGAAAGCAGCGGCUACUACGGGAAGGAGGAGGAGGGAAACCAUCUUCUCCACAGUCCGUCGAAUAGCAGAAACCGAGGGUGUUAAAGCCCUGUACGAUGGCAUUGGAGGGGAAUUGCUCAAGGCGUUCUUCAACCAUGGGUUGACCAUGUUGUCAAAGGAUAUCAUCCAUGGGUUGAUCAUACAGCUGUACUUUGCUGUGGUGGCAGCGUUGAAGGAUUAUAAAAAGAUCAGGGAGAGCGUGAGCAAGAGGGCGAAGAAGGCCAGAGGGGAUAUGAGCAGGUAUUAUAUGCUUGCGACUUUGGCCGCGCAGAUGUUGAGGCAGAGGGGGUUGAGGCAGACACUGGCGAUGACUGGGGUUCUUGGAAAGGGGAAGGUUGAGUAGGAGUGAAGAGGGGUUGGGUUGAUCAUGAUGGUGGGUGUCGGUGAAACAAUGCGCGGCUGCAUAGGGUGGCGUAUAGGCGUAUGUACCUAUGUAUUUAUUUUGGGGAUGAGCAUAUUUUGAUCAAAAUCUUUAUCUGUUUUGGCUGGAG